AUGGACCGACCUGGGCACCUUUUGGAAGAUAAUGCUCUAGCCAACUAUCUUGGUUUCGAGGAUGUGGGCUUUGACAGUGGUAGUGAUACCAAAACCGAGGGGGAGGAGCGAUCCAAACUCAGCACACCUGUGCGUGGGGAUAUUCCCCAUACGGCACCUAAUCCGUUCCCCGAACGUAGUGCCGCGACUGCGCUAACAGCGCUGGGAGCAAUGUCCCCCAUGGAUACAUCCGUUAUCACUAACCCGCUCGACGAGGAGCAACAACGCAUGCUUGAUUAA